UCGGUGGGGGGUGUGUCCGAGGGGCCGGCGGGCUGGAGGCCGGAGUCCGGCUGGGAAGGGAGGACUCGCGCUCUGCGGAGAGCCCCCGCGCGUGGCAGUGCCUUUCUUCCCAGAGCCCACCCGAGCGGCGGCGGCGAGAUGCGUGGCGGCGGCGGCGCGGGGUUCGCGCUCCUGGCCUCGCUGCUCUGGGUCGCCGCGCGGUGCCAGCAGAAAGGGCUGUUUCCUGCCAUUCUCAAUCUUGCCAGCAACGCUCACAUCAGCACCAACGCAACCUGUGGUGAGCAAGGGCCUGAGAUGUCCUGCAAGCUCGUGGAGCACGUGCCCGGUCGCCCCGUGCGCAAUGCCCAGUGCCGGAUCUGUGAUGCCAACAGCGCCAACCCCAAAGAACGCCAUCCAAUAUCAAAUGCAAUCGAUGGGACCAAUAACUGGUGGCAAAGUCCCAGUAUUCAAAAUGGGAGAGAAUAUCACUGGGUCACAAUCACUCUGGACCUAAGACAGGUCUUUCAAGUCGCCUACGUCAUCAUCAAAGCUGCUAAUGCCCCUCGACCUGGAAACUGGAUUUUGGAGCGUUCUCUGGACGGCACCACGUUCAGCCCCUGGCAGUAUUAUGCAGUUAGUGACACGGAGUGCUUGACUCGUUACAAUAUCACUCCGAGACGGGGGCCGCCCACCUACAGGGCUGAUGACGAAGUGAUCUGCACCUCCUACUAUUCCAGACUGGUACCGCUUGAGCACGGAGAGAUCCACACAUCGCUAAUCAACGGCAGACCGAGCGCUGAUGAUCUUUCCCCCAAGUUGCUGGAGUUCACUUCUGCACGAUAUAUCCGCCUUCGCUUACAGCGCAUUAGAACCCUCCACGCCGAUCUCAUGACCCUCAGCCACCGUGACCCUAGAGACCUUGAUCCUAUUGUUACACGACGAUAUUACUAUUCAAUCAAAGACAUUUCUGUUGGAGGAAUGUGUAUUUGUUAUGGCCAUGCUAGCAGCUGCCCAUGGGAUGAAACUACAAAGAAACUACAGUGUCAGUGUGAGCAUAACACCUGCGGAGAGAGUUGCAGUAGGUGCUGUCCUGGGUACCACCAGCAGCCCUGGAGGCCCGGCACCAUUUCUGCUGGGAACACUUGCGAAAAAUGUAAUUGUCACAAUAAAGCCCAAGACUGUUACUACGAUGAAAAUGUUGCAAAUCAGAGGAGGAGUUUGAACGUUGCUGGACAGUUCCGAGGAGGGGGGGUUUGCAUCAAUUGCCUGCAGAACACCAUGGGAAUCAAUUGUGAAACCUGUAUUGAUGGAUAUUACAGACCUUACAAGGUGUCCCCUUAUGAAGACAACCCGUGUCGUCCCUGUGACUGUGACCCUUUCGGGUCCCUCAGUUCGGUCUGUAUUAAAGAUGAGCUCCAAUCUGGCUUACACAAAGGGAAGCAGCCAGGUCAAUGUCCAUGCAAGGAAGGCUACGCAGGAGAAAAAUGUGAUCGCUGCCAAUUUGGUUACAAGGCUUACCCAGCCUGCGUCCGCUGUGAGUGUAGUCGGGCCGGGAGCGUGAAUGAGGACCCAUGCUCAGAGCCUUGUCUCUGUAAGGAAAAUGUCAAGGGAGACAAUUGCGACCUCUGCAAGCCAGGAUUCUAUAACUUGAAGGAGAGAAACCCCGAGGGCUGCUCAGAGUGCUUCUGCUUUGGUGUUUCUGAUGUCUGUGACAGCCUUUCUUGGUCCAUCAGUCAGGUGAAAGACAUGUCUGGGUGGCUGGUCACCGACCUGAUCAGUCCGAGCAAGAUCCCAUCUCAGCAAGACGCGCUGGGCGGACGCCAUCAGAUAAGCAUCAACAACACCUCGGUCAUGCGGAGGCUGACUUCCAAGUAUUACUGGUCGGCCCCGGAAGCCUACCUCGGAAACAAGCUGACUGCGUUUGGUGGCUUCCUCAAGUACACGGUGUCUUAUGAUAUUCCCGUGGAGACAGUGGAUGGCGACCUCAUGUCUCACGCUGAUGUUAUCAUUAAGGGAAAUGGACUCACUUUAAGCACCCAGGCUGAGGGCCUGUCAUUACAACCCUAUGAAGAGUACUUGAACGUGGUCAGACUUGUGCCAGAGAACUUCCGAGAUUUUAAUAACAAAAGGGAGGUAGAUCGCGACCAACUGAUGACUGUCCUUGCCAACGUGACACAUCUCUUGAUUAGAGCCAACUACAAUUCUGCAAAAAUGGCUCUUUACAGGUUGGAUUCUGUCUCUUUGGAUACAGCCAGCCCUAACGUUAUAGACCUGGCACUGGCCACGGAGGUGGAGCACUGCGAAUGUCCCCAAGGCUACGCAGGGAUCUCCUGUGAGUCCUGCCUCCCUGGCUAUUACCGCGUGGAUGGAAUACUCUUCGGAGGAAUUUGUCAACCCUGUGAAUGCCACGGCCAUGCAGCUGAAUGUGAUAUCCAUGGUGUUUGCUUUGCAUGUGAGCACAACACCACUGGGGACCACUGUGAGCAGUGCGCGCCCGGCUUCUAUGGGCUGCCUUCCAGAGGGACUCCGGGGGACUGCCAGCGGUGUGCCUGCCCCCUCUCCACAGCCUCCAACAAUUUCAGCCCCACCUGCCACCUAGAGGAUGGGGACGAAGUGGUCUGUGACCAGUGCGCCCCGGGAUACUCAGGAGCUUGGUGCGAGAGAUGCGCAGACGGUUACUAUGGAAACCCAACAGUGCCCGGGGAAUCCUGUGUUCCGUGUGACUGCAGCGGCAAUGUGGACCCCUUCGAGGAGGGUCACUGUGACUCCGUCACCGGAGAGUGCCUGAAAUGCAUUGGGAACACGGAUGGCGCCCACUGCGAGAGGUGUGCUGACGGCUUCUAUGGGGACGCCGUGACUGCCAAAAAUUGCAGCGCCUGUGAGUGCCAUGGAAAAGGCUCCCUGUCUGAUGUCUGCCAUCUUGAGACUGGACUCUGUGACUGCAAACCCCACGUGACUGGACGGCAGUGUGACCAGUGCUUGCCUGGCUAUUACGGGCUGGACGCGGGGCUCGGGUGCCUGCCCUGUAACUGCAGCACGUCAGGCUCCGUGUCAGAUGACUGCACCCAGGAAGGCCGGUGUCACUGCGUCCCGGGCGUCGCUGGGGAGAAGUGCGACAGGUGUGCACGUGGCUUCUAUGCCUACGAGGACGGUGGCUGUACACCCUGUGACUGUGCUCACACACAGCACACUUGUCACCCGGAAUCGGGGGAGUGUAUCUGCCCUCCUCACACUCGGGGUGCCGCCUGUGACGAAUGUGAGGACGGAUACUGGGGCCACGACCUCGAGCUCGGAUGCCAGGCCUGCAACUGCAGUGGUGUUGGGUCGGCCAGGCCCGGGUGCGAUGCGCUCACCGGCCAUUGCCAAUGUAAGCCUGGCUUCGGUGGGCCGAACUGUCAUCAGUGCUCCCUGGGGUACAGAGGCUUUCCAGACUGUGUAGCCUGUGACUGUGACCUGCGAGGGACAUCGGCAGAUACCUGUGAUGAGGAACGGGGUCUGUGCAGCUGUGCAGAGGAAACCGGCAGCUGCUCUUGCAAGGAAAAUGUGUUUGGUCUUCGUUGCAGCAAGUGUCGAGCUGGCGCUUACGGCCUCCGUGCUGACGACCCUCUGGGAUGUGCCCCCUGCUUCUGCUUCGGGCUGUCACAAGCCUGCUCGGAGCUGCAGGGUUAUGUGAGGACACCAGUAACGCUGGGCGGAGGGCAGCCCCUCCUGCGUGUGGUUUCUCAGAGCAACCUCCAGGGCACGACCGAGGGGGUGUAUUACCAGGCCCCUGACGUCCUCCUGGACGCCGUGACUGUCAGGCGACAUGUCCACGCAGAGCCGUUUUACUGGAGGCUGCCAGACCAGUUCCAGGGAGACCAGCUCCUGGCCUACGGUGGCAGCCUGAAGUACAGCGUGGCCUUCUAUUCUUCCGACGGCUUCGGCGCCUUCAACCUCGAGCCCCAAGUGCUCCUCAAAGGGGGCCGGACCAGAAAGCAAGUCAUUUAUGUGGACGUGCCGGCCCCGGAGAACGGAGUGCGACAAGAGCAGGAAGUGGGAAUGAAGGAGAAUUUUUGGAAGUAUUUUAACUCCGUUUCUGAAAAACCUGUCACACGCUCCGAUUUUAUGUCUGUUCUGAGCAACAUUGAGUACAUCCUCAUCAAAGCAUCUUACGGUCAAGGAUUACAGCAAAGCAGAAUCUCAAAUAUUUCAAUGGAGGUUGGCAGGAAGGCUGGAGAGUUGCACCCGGGACAGAAGGCGGCGUCUCUCUUAGAGAAGUGUGUCUGUCCUCCUGGCACAGCUGGAUUCUCGUGUCAGGACUGUGCACCUGGUUACCACAGGGGGAGGCUCCCGCCAGAUGGGAGCCAAGGACCCCGCCCGCUGCUUGCCCCUUGUGUGCCCUGCAUUUGCAACAACCACAGUGAUGCCUGUGAUCCCGAAACUGGGAAGUGUCUGGACUGUAGGCACAGCACCGCGGGGGACCACUGCGACGUGUGCGCCCCUGGGUACUACGGAAAGGUGACCGGCUCCCCCAGCGACUGCUCUCCGUGUGCCUGUCCCCGCAGCCACCCCGCCAGUUUCAGCCCCACUUGUGUCUUGGAAGGUGAUGCGGAUUUCCGCUGUGACGCCUGCAUUCUGGGCUACGAAGGACAGUACUGCGAAAGGUGUUCCUCAGGCUAUCACGGGAACCCUCGAGCGCCGGGUGGCACCUGCCAGAGGUGUGACUGCAGCCCGCGAGGCUCUGUGCACGGGGACUGCGACCGCAGGUCCGGGCAGUGCGUCUGCAGGCCGGGCGCCACGGGGCUCCGAUGCGAGGAAUGCGAACCCAGGCAUAUUCUACUGGAAAGCGAUUGCGUUUCUUGUGAUGAUGAGUGUGUAGGCGUGCUGCUGAAUGACUUAGGGAAUAUUGACGACACCAUCCUCUCUGUGAACCUCACUGGCAUUAUCCCUGUCCCACAUGGAAUUUUGUCAACCCUGGAAAAUACAACGAAAUCUCUCCGGGAAGCAUUAUUAAAAGAAAAUCCACAGAAGGAACUGGCAAAAGAUCAGCUUGAAGGUGUUGCAGAACAAACAGACAAUCUGCUCAGGGAGCUCGCUAGAGUGUUAACAAGUAGCCAGAAUGUAACCAGGGUGACUGAAGGAAUCCUCAACAAGAGUCAAGACCUCAUGACGUUUACUGAGAAGCUGCAGAUAAAUAUUCAAGAAAUUAUUGAAAAAGCAACGACUCUAAAUCAGACCUUGGAUGAAGACUUCCAGCUACCCAGUUCUACUCUUCAGAAUAUGCAAAGGAAUAUUACAUCUUUGCUGGAAAUCAUACAGAAAAGGCAUUUCAAGCAGUUACACCAAAAUGCCAUACAGGAACUCAAGGCUGCUGAAGAUUUAUUGUCACAAAUUCAGAAGAAUUACCGGAAGCCACAGAAAGAGCUGGAGGUCUUAAAAGCAGCAGCAAGCAGCCUCCUUUCAAAACACAGCAGUGAGCUGCGGGCUGCGGGAGACCUCGCAAGGGGGGCAGAGGCGGAGGCCCGGGAAAGCGCCCGCCUGCUGCGCAUUGCCCACGCCAACCUGCGAGAAUUCCACGAAAAGAAGCUACGUGUUCAAGAAGAACAAAACUUGACCUCGACGCUAAUUGCCAGAGGGAGAAGACUGCUAGCUGCCGUCACAGCCCGUGCAGAGGCGACACAGAAUGUUCUGGCACAGUUAGAGCGCCACCGCGAUGAGCUCCUUCUGUGGACUGCCAAAAUCAGGCACCACGUGGAUGAUCUGGUCAUGCAGAUGUCCCAGAGAAGAGCCCUGGACCUUGUCUACAGAGCAGAGGACCACGCAGCUGAGCUCCAGAGACUAGCAGGUGCCCUGGACAGUGGCCUUGGCGACGUUAAACACGUGUCCCUGAAUGCCACCAGCGCAAGCCACGUCCAUUCCAACAUUCGGAGCCUCAUUGAAGAAUCAGAGAAAGCGGCAAAAGAUGCUCUCGAGACGGUGACUACGGCGAGCCUGUUCUCAGAAUCCCUUGUUUCUAAUGGAAAAGUGGCUCUCCAGCGCAGUUCCAGAUUUUUAAAAGAAGGCAACAGCCUGAGCAGAAAGUAUCAAGAUAUCACAUUGGAACUGAGUGAAUUGAAAAAUGCAGCAAACAGAGUUCAAGAGAGUGCUGAUACAAUUACUAGGCGGGCCAAUGAAUCACGCUUAAUACUCAGAGCAAUUCCUGGAGGUGUCAGAGGCAAAGGAACCAAAGUCAAAGAGCUGGCCACAGCUGCAAAUCAGAGCGCAGCAAGCACUCUAAAGGACGUCGUGGGAUUGAGCCAGAAGCUGUUGAAUACAUCCGCUGACCUUUCCAGGGUUAACGCCACCUUACAAGAAACCAACAAACUUCUACAGUACUCCUCAAUGACCACCCUGCUAGCCGGAAGAAGAAUGAAAGACGCAGAAGCACAAGCCAGCCUUUUAUUUGAUCGGUUGGAACCUUUGAAGAUAUUAGAAGAAAACCUGAACAGAAACCUGUCGGAAAUCAAACUGCUCAUUAGCCAGGCCCGGAAGCAGGCGGCUUCUAUCAAAGUUGCCGUGUCUGCAGACAGAGACUGUAUCCGGGCCUACCAGCCUCCGACCUCUUCCACUAACUAUAACACCUUGACGCUAAAUGUUAAGACGAGCGAACCCGACAACCUUCUCUUCUACCUCGGGAGCAGCGCCAGUUCUGAUUUCUUGGCAGUGGAGAUGCGGCGAGGGAAGGUGGCCUUUCUCUGGGAUAUGGGCUCCGGGUCCACGCGGUUGGAAUUUCCAGACUUCCCAAUCGAUGACAACAAGUGGCACAGUAUCUAUGUAACCAGAUUUGGAAACAUCGGUUCAUUGAGUGUAAAGGAAAUGAGCGCAACUCAGAAGCCACCGACAAAAACAAGUAAAUCCCCUGGAACAGCGAACGUUCUGGAUAUAAACAACUCAACACUCAUGUUUGUUGGAGGGCUCGGAGGACAGAUCAAGAAGUCUCCUGCUGUGAAGGUUACUCAUUUUAAAGGCUGCAUGGGAGAGGCCUUCCUGAACGGACAGUCCAUCGGCCUGUGGAACUAUAUUGAACGGGAGGGCAAGUGUCACGGCUGCUUUGGAAGCCCCCAGAAUGAAGACUCUUCCUUCCAUUUUGACGGGAGUGGGUAUUCGGUUGUGGAGAGAACGCUCCGGGCUGCGGGGACUCAUAUAAUUAUGCUGUUUAGUACCUUUUCACCCAAUGGGCUUCUUCUCUACCUCGCUUCAAAUGGCACUAAAGACUUUUUAUCCAUCGAGCUGGUGCGUGGCAGGGUCAGAGUUACAGUGGACCUGGGUUCAGGGCCUCUUGCCCUUAUUACAGACAGACGCUAUAACAACGGAACCUGGUACAAAAUCGCCUUCCAGAGAAACCGAAAGCAAGGAAUCCUAGCAGUUAUUGAUGCAUAUAACACCAGCUACAGAGAAACGAAGCAAGGUGAAACUCCAGGAGCAUCUUCUGACCUCAAUCGUCUAGAUAAAGAUCCAAUUUAUGUGGGUGGAUUACCUAGGUCAAGAGUUGUGAGGAAAGGUGUCACCAGCAAAAGCUAUGUGGGCUGUAUCAAAAACCUGGAAAUAUCCAGAUCAACCUUUGAUCUACUCAGAAAUUCUUAUGGAGUGAGAAAAGGCUGUAUACUGCAGCCUAUCCGAAGUGUUAGCUUCUUGAAAGGCGGCUACGUUGAACUGUCACCCAAGUCUUUGUCACCAGAAUCAGAAUUGUUGGCGACGUUUGCCACCAAGAACAGCAGUGGCAUCAUCCUGGCUGCCCUGGGCAGGCAGGGGGAGAAGCAAGGUCAGCUGCAGGCCCAUGGGCAACCUUCCCAGCCCUUCUUUUCCAUCAUGCUGAUUGAAGGCCACAUUGAAGUGCAUGUUAACUCUGGGGAUGGAACAAGCCUGAGAAGAGCUCUCCUGCGUGCUCCCAAGGGCACAUAUGGCGACGGACAAGAGCAUUCCAUUUCCUUGAUAAGGACCGGGAGAGUUAUCACUGUCCAAAUGGAUGAGAUGAAUCCUGUAGAAAUGAAGUUGGGCCCCUCAGCAGAAAGCAGGGCAAUAAACGUAUCCAAGCUGUACUUAGGGGGGAUUCCAGAUGGGGAGGGGACAUCCGUGCUCAAGAUGAGAAGCUCGUUCCAUGGCUGUAUCAAAAACCUGAUCUUUAACAUGGAACAUUUGGAUUUCACGAGCGCGGCUGGCAACGAACAGGUGGACUUGGACACCUGCUUGCUUUCGGAAAGGCCACAGCUGGCUCUUCAUGGAGAGGACAGUGAGCUCCCGCCGGAGUCCCAGCCUUUACCAAGUCUCGAGCAGUGUGCUGUGGACAGAGCCCCAGAGUAUAUCCCCCAUGCUCACCAGUUUGGCCUCACGCAAAGCAGCCAUUUCGUGUUGCCUUUCAAUCAGCUGGCUGUCAGAAAGAGGCUCUCAGUUCAGCUAAGGAUCCGAACAUUUGCCUCCAGCGGUCUGAUUUACCACAUGGCUCAUCAGAACCAGGUUGAUUACGCCACGCUCCAGCUGCAUGGGGGCCGCCUUCACUUCCUGUUCGAUCUCGGGAAAGGCAGAACAAAGGUCACCCACCCUGCACUGAUCAGUGACGGCAGGUGGCACACGGUCAAGACAGAGCACUUUAAAAGAAAGGGCUUCAUGACGGUUGAUGGCCAGGAAUCCCCCACGGUGACCACUGUGGGAGAUGGUACCAUGUUGGAUGUGGAAGGAAAGCUGUACCUGGGAGGCCUUCCCUCUGAGUACAGGGCCAGGAACAUUGGAAAUAUUACCCACAGUGUCCCCGCCUGCAUUGGGGAGGUGACAGUGAAUGGCAAACAGCUGGACGAGGACAACCCAGUGUCUGCAUCUGCAGUAACCAGGUGCUAUGCAGUGGCCCAGGAAGGAACUUUCUUUGAUGGAAGUGGAUAUGCAGCUCUCGUCAAGGAAGGCUACAAAGUCCACUCAGAUGUAAACAUCACCCUGGAAUUCCGUACCACCACUGAGAACGGAGUCCUCCUGGGGAUCAGCAGCGCCAAAGUAGAUGCCAUUGGAUUGGAGAUCGUAAAUGGCAAGAUCUUGUUUCAUGUUAACAAUGGUGCCGGUAGGAUAACAGCCACAUACAAGCCCAAAGCCUCCACUACUCUCUGCGAUGGAAAAUGGCACACACUUCAAGCUCAGAAAAGCAAACACCGCUUGGUUCUGACUGUUGAUGGGAAUGCAGUUCGUGCUGAGAGUCCACACACCCAGUCCACCUCAGCAGACACCAGCAAUCCUAUUUAUGUCGGCGGCUAUCCUGCUGACGUAAAGCAAAACUGCCUGAGCAGCCAGACCUCCUUCCGGGGGUGUUUGAGAAAACUCACUCUGAUUAAGGGCCCACAGAUACAAUCCUAUGACUUCAGCAGAGCUUUUGACCUACAGGGAGUUUUCCCUCAUUCCUGUCCUGGGUCUGAACCCUGAACUUCAGAGAAACUCCCCAGUUGGGAAUCAUUGCUUAUAUUGUGAGAAUUGUUUUUAUGCAUUAAAAUCUCUUCAGUUCCAAUUUCAUUUUCCACUCAGGUUAAGUGUUUCCAGAAAAAAAAUUUGUGUUUAUAUUAAACUAAAACAAUGUAUACAACAAA